UGUGCCAUACAAUAAAUUCAAAAUACGGGAGAAAAUGAUCUUUAACGUGUGUUUUUUUUGCUUCUUGGUUCUUUCCAAAACGUGAUUAUUAACAUAAAUCGUUAAAAUGUCAGUAGAAACCCCAGGUAAAAUAAGAAAACUUGAUGAAGUGGUUGUUAAUCGCAUUGCUGCUGGUGAAAUUAUCCAAAGACCGGCAAAUGCUUUAAAAGAGUUAAUAGAAAACAGCCUUGAUGCCAAAUCAACAAAUAUUCAAGUGUCAGUAAAAGAAGGUGGCCUCAAGUUACUACAAAUCCAGGACAAUGGUACUGGUAUUCGAAAAGAGGACAUGAACAUUGUUUGUGAACGUUUCACUACAAGUAAAUUGCAAAAUUUUGAUGAUCUCAAAGCUAUUUCAACUUUUGGCUUCAGAGGAGAAGCUUUAGCUAGUAUUAGCCAUGUUGCACAACUCACAAUAACAACAAAGACAGCUAGUGAAAAAUGUGCUUACAAAGCAAUAUAUGUAGAUGGUAAGCCUAAAGCAUCACCAGUUCCUACUGCUGGUAAUCAAGGAACUAUAAUUACAGUAGAAAAUUUAUUUUAUAAUGUGGCAACCAGAAGAAAAGCUUUAUCAAGCCAUUCUGAGGAAUUUUCAAGAAUUUCAGAAGUUGUCACUAAAUAUGCAGUCCACAAUCCUAACGUUGGCUUUACUUUGAAAAAGUAUGGUCAAUCAUCAACAGAUGUACGUACUCCACAUUCGUCUACAACUGUGAAUAACAUUCGCACUCUGUAUGGAAAUUGUAUUGCUAGGGAAUUAUUAGAAAUUGAACUUGAUGAUAAAACAUAUCAUUUUAAACUUCACGCAUUUGUGACUAAUGCAAACUAUUCAAACAAGAAAAUGACUCUUUUAUUAUUUAUUAAUAAUCGCCUUGUUGAUUCAUCUGCAAUAAAAAGAACAAUUGAAGAUCUUUAUACAGUUUAUUUACCUAAAAAAGGUCAUCCAUGGUGUUAUCUUUCCCUAGAAAUAGAUCCUCAGAAUGUUGAUGUUAAUGUGCAUCCAACAAAGCAUGAAGUUCGAUUUCUUCAUGAGGAUAUUAUAGUUGAGAAAAUCAAAAUUGCUCUUGAUGAAAAACUUGCAGCAAAUAAUGCAUCUAGGACUUUUUAUAUCUCUACAAAACUUCCAAAAUUAGAUUUGACACAAGAAGCAAUCUCAGAAACUCAAAAUGAUGCAGAAAAAGAUAAAACUAAAAAAGUUUAUCCGAAACAUAUGAUUCGUACCAGUUCAACAGAUCAAAAGCUUGACAAGUUUAAUUUUAUUCAUGAAAUUGUUGAUAAGGAUGAUGCAAGAACUGAUAGAAUUAUACAAAACCUAGAAAAUACAAAGAAGCUUUUACGUCCUGAAAAGUUACUUUUUAAUGAUAAUACAUCAGCAUUGGAAAAUGAAGGAAUAGGUAUUUUCAGAACUGCAUCUGAUUUAAUUACAUCUAAAAAAACCAAUAAACCAAAUCCAGCUGUUGAAAUAUUAGAGCAGGAUAAACUUGAACUAUCUGUUAUACAAAAUGUGAAAUGUGCUAGAAACGAAAUUGAGAAUGUAAGUGAACCAAGUAAGAAUGUUAGUAAAACAAAAUCAUCAGACCAAGCAAAUAUUGAUGUUCGAACCCCUGAAAAUAAUCAUAGUUGCUCUAAAAAGGUAACAAAAGAAAAUGCAGAGAAUGAGAAUGCAAUUCCAGAAUGUAGACCUCUUGUAGAAUUCAAAUCAUAUUCAGUCAAUGAAAUUCAAGUUGAAACGAAAUUACUAAGUAUUCUAACACUUAGAAAAGAAGUAGAAGACACAUAUCAUGCAGUUCUACGUAAAAUUUUGUCUGAACUAAUUUUUGUUGGCUGUGUUAAUGAAACAUUUGCAUUAAUUCAAAGUGGAACAAAGCUGUAUAUUACUAAUACUCGAGAACUUGUGGAGGAACUAUUUUAUGAAAUAAUGCUGUAUGACUUUGCCAACUAUGGAGUUAUAAAAUUUUCAGAACCAUUGCAAAUUAAAGACCUAGCUGUACUUGGACUUGAUUGUGAAGAAGCUGGCUGGACAGAAGAAAUAGGAGAGAAGGAAGAAUUGGCAGAACGUGUUCAGGAACUAUUACUUGAAAAGGCAGAUAUGUUAAGACAGUAUUUUUCAAUUUACAUUGAUAAGAAAGGCCAGCUUAAAUCUUUACCAAUAUUAUUAGAAAAUUAUUUUCCUAAUCCUGCAGAACUCCCAUUAUAUUUGUUGAGAUUAUCAACUGAAGUGGAUUGGAGUAAAGAAAAACCAUGUUUCCAUGAUAUUUGUCGCGAAACUGCGAGAUUCUAUAGUAAAAUAGACACCACCAACGAUUCUUGGCAACAUACAACAGAGCACAUUUUAUAUAGUGCUAUCAAAGAAAGUUUACUGCCACCACAGCAUUUUGCACAUGACUCAAGUAUUCUAGAAAUCGCUAAUCUACCUGAUUUGUACAGAGUGUUUGAACGAUGUUGAACUUUCAAAUGAAAGCUUACUCUUAAAUGUAUUAUUUAUAUUUUUGUACACUUUAUAAUGUAAGUUUCAAUACAUGAUUUUCGUUAUU